AUGCCUAAACUCUUAAAGAAUAAAAAUUAUCUAUACUAGCUCGAACAAGACCCCACACUUAUUGAAUUUACAAAGACUUUUCAUAUCUCCCCCUAACAUUCACUAACCUUAGGGACUAGUGAUGACGAUGAGGUGAUUACACUAACAGACCAUAUGCAAGAACUUUAAUACAGCGGGACAUUUGAUGUUCAGAAUAAAUCAGGGGGAUCUCUAAUAAAAGUUGUAUUAAACGAUUCCUCAAGUGAGGAAGAUGAGGGAGUUGCUAUUGAUGAAUUUCCUCAUUUCAAGCAUAAAAACUCACUUGAAAGAUAAUAGCAAAAAGCCAAAAUGGGAGGUGUGCCAAUAAGGUCAUUGUUGUCAAUAAGCUCUAUUAAAAACUCGUAUAAAUGUCUUGAAUCCCAAGAGUCCCAAUUAAUAAAAUAAAUAGGGGCUACUAAAAAUCAAGUCAGAUACAGUAAAUAUAUGAAUAACUAGCGGGGAUUCAACUCAUUCAGAGAAUCUACAUAAAAAAGAAAAAGAGAUGCGUAUAGCUGUGAUUUAGAUAACUUCUUAGAUUUGUAGCUUGUUGAAAUUACGAAGGCGAAAACUCUAAAAGCAUAAGCAAUGCUGAAAAAUAUUCAACUCAAUGAAUUGCUGAACAAAAAUAUGACAAAUAUAGAAAAAUAAAAGAAUCAAAAUUUCCAGCUAAUAUCUCAUUGCACUUAGUAAGAUGAUGAUAAGUAAUCACUUGAAAUCUACAAUGAUACUCUACGGAACUAGAUAAAAGAAAUAAGAGUGUUUAUAAUGGAAAGGCAAAAUGAAAAUUUCUCAAGUUAGCAAGAAAUGAUUUCUGUUAAGCGAGAGUCGCUCUAAAAUCUAUAAAUACUUAGCAAGCAUAACUAAAUAGAUAGAGAUCGUGAGGAUGAAGUCUUAACUUGCCAAAGGAAUGAGAUUAAAAAUCUUUAAGAUGAGCUAAAUCUAAGUCAAGAUCAAAUCGUAAUGUACUCUAAGGAGAUUUCGACAUUUCAAAAGCGUGAAUAAAAAAGAAUAAAACUGUUAAGAAAAAAAGAAAUUCUGCUGGAUUCAGUAAUAAAAGAAGAAGAUAAUGAGAGUGAGGGAAUGUCUACAUGCAAAAAGAGAAAAAGAAUUUCAAUGCAAUUUAAUGAUUAGGAUCCGUAUCGUCUGUAAUUGAAGAAAGAACCAAACACAGCUUAAAAGACUAGAAGGUAUUACGAUGAUCAAGAAAAUAGUAAUUCAGCAUCUAAAUCAUUUAACUCAAUCAAAUUCUGGUCGAAAAAAACAAUAAAUAAGACACCAAUGGGUACUCAUAGCGUGUCCAGGUCAUUUGGGAGUAGUAGAGAACAAUUCAGGUCUAUUAACUUUAAUUAAUGA